AGCCCCGUCAUUACCCAAAGGGGGAAAUUCUACUGCAGGAUGGCGAAGAUGCUGCUGAAGCUUCUGGCCGCGGCGCUGUGUCUGGCCACCUCCAAUGCGCUGUAUGCCGACCAAUCGGGAGAGUUCGACUGGAGCACUGAGAAUGUAGGACGCGUGCAGGCCGUGGCCUUCGGGGGCUCCGUGAGUCGUGGGCCGCACUCGGUUGUGUCUAGAGGCACCACACGCGCUGUGUACGUCGCAUCGGACGAGCGCUCGCGGGCUCUGGCACGUCUAGACUCCAAGACUGGCGAGAUCCAGUGGCGCCGCGUAUUCGUCGAAGGGGAUGCUAUCAACGACAUUCAGCUGACGAAUUACGGUCUACUGUCAGUGUCGGGAUCUGGACGUAAUGUACGACUCUGGGACUUAAACACGGGCGUGCUGCUGUGGGACGAAGUGACCAGCAAGGGUCCGGCUCAAAAAGACGCCGUUUUCGGCGGUCUCUUCUCUCUGGAUGGCGAUCACUCGGUUGUGCUUACAUCCUCAAGUGUAGCUAUGGUGAGCGUUCGCGACGGCCAAGUCAAGGUGCAGACUCUUCCCGAGGACUUCACCAAGGCAGCCGUGGAGGCUGCUGAGCUGUCAUGGCAGGUUGGAUCGGACAACACAGCAUUAUUCGUUAUGGCAGGUAGUCAAAUGUUGGAGUUCGAGCUGGCUUCGGGACGUGCAGUGAACCAGUUUAAGCGCCCGGAGAUCAAAGAAGGAGACAAGGGCGACGUGCAGGCUACUACAGUACUACGUCGUGACAGUGAACAGGGCAAGACGGCCGCAGUCACGCUUACUAAGGACCAGCUGCUGUUACAAGGACUGGAGAACAAGAAGGACGCGUCGGAGAUCGCUCUGAGCUCGCUCAAGUUGGACGGGGACAAGGUGAAGGCUAUUGACACCAGUAUCUCGAACUCUCUGGUGCUGGUUCUGGCCUCAGACAAGCGUGCAAUCCUGAAGAUCACGAGUGCGCUGAAGGUGGAGGUUGCUGCUAUUGUGGCCGCUGAAGGAGCUCUGAUGGAGUCGGUCACGGAUGAUUCAGUGCUCUUCCAUGCUGCUAGAAGUACUGACAUUGUGGCACAGAUGACGUCGUAUACAGUGGGCAAGAGCUUGAGCCCAGUCUCGUGGGAGGCUGAGCUGGACUUGGCUUCGUUCGGUGGAGAUGUCUCGCGUGCGUUUGUCGGCUGCCCCAACACGAAGAAGGACUCGGUUCCGAGCUGUCGUGCUGUGUUGGUUCUCAAGGACGAUGCUUUGAUCAUGACGUCUAACGACGAGGAGACUGAUGCUAACAACGGGAAUGUCCAGUGGGUACGCGAGGAGUCUCUGGCCAAUAUCAAGCGUGUGCGUUGGAUUACACCAGCCGAGACGGAGAUCGAGAAGCAGGCGUUGAAGAAGAUUCCUUCUUUUAUGGAGGAGGUGGAGCUUGAGAUCAAACAUCUUCAACAGCUUGUGGAGAAGGUCAUGACGUUCUCGUCGACGUUGUUUGACGAGAAAUCUCGUCAGCGUGGGGUGGACAGAUCUCGUGCUGCACGCAAGGAACCGCCCAACGCUCAUCUGUUCGGCUUCUCCAAGUACAUCAUGAUUCUUACGCACAGUGGCAAGCUGUUUGCGAUCCGCGCUGAGGCCAGUACUGUGGCGUGGUCUGCGUUCGUAGGUCCGGAAUACCAGCUCUUUGUGACGCGUGAUCACCCAGCACUUGGCUCUGGAGCGGAACUGCUGCUUGUGUCUAACUCGACGGAGCUCGUGUGGCUUGACGGUGAUGAUGGCCACCAGUUGGAUGCAGCAAGAGCUGGAGCUACGAUUGGCGCUUCGUGGGUGGUUGUUCUACCCAAACGGAAGCACCUGACGACGGAUGAAGAGCCGACGGCGCGUCGUGCUGUUGCUGUGAUUGCAGAGGACUCGCUGAACGUGUCGCUCUACCCGAAGGAGACGGCGGACUUCGCUCACCCGGAGCUGAACCACUUCUACUUCUACCGCUAUGAUGAAUCUUCGAAGGUGCUUCGUGGAUACUUUAUUGAGAACGAAGGAGACGCCAAGUCGACCGACUACCGUGCUCGUGAGGCGUGGUCUAUUGUUCUGCCUCGUGAGCAGCAGGUGAUUGCUACGUCUCACCACCACGAUCACUCGGUUGUGGACUCUGCCGUGACUAUUACUGGCGAUGACUCGCUGUUGAUCAAGUACCUGAACCCGAAUCUGUUCGGCCUUGCUACGAUUGCUUCGGAGCCUUCAGAAGGAGACAACGAGGCCACUUCGGUGCUUCACGUGAGCUUGAUCGAUUCCGUGGCGGGUCGUAUCAUCCACCGCGCGCGUCACUCGCAUGCCACGGGUCCUGUUCGCAUGGUGCAAAGCGAAAACUGGCUGGUGUAUUCGUACUGGAACUCCAAGGAGAAGCGUACAGAGAUGGUGUCAUUGUCGCUGUUCGACGGUGCCGUGGGGAUGCACUCGCUCAACCCGUGGAAGCGCCCGUCGUGGACGUCCUCACGUUCAUCAUUCGACUCCAAGGCGCCGUUCGUGCUGCAGAAGAGCUUCAUCUACCCCACCAAGAUCACGUCGCUGGGAGUGACGGUGACGGCUCACGGCAUCACGCCUCAGUCCGUCCUGGUCGGGAUGGAGACUGGCCAGAUCUUCAAAUUGACUCGCAACUUCAUCGACCCGCGUCAACCGGAGAAGCCGCUGACGCCUGAAGAGCAGGCGGAGGGUCUGAUGAUGUACUCUCCUCUUGUGCCCGUGUACAACCGUCCUCAGGCCAUGUUGACGUACAACCGCACCGUGGAGAACCUCAACUCCAUCAGCACUGCCGCGGCGGAGCUCGAGUCGACUACACUGGUGUUCGCACACGGCCUCGACAUGUUCUACGUGCGCAUGACUCCGGCCAAGUCGUUCGACCUGCUGCCAUCCGACUUCAACCACGAGAUGCUCAUCCUGCUGUGCUUGACUUUCCUCGCCGUGACGUUCGGUGCCAAGGCGCUGGCGCAACGUAAGGCACUGCAGACGGCCUGGAAGUGACCAGUUAGUAGACAAGAACACAGUUAGCCAACACGAAAUACACGCUUCCUCUUCGAUGGUCUUGUUACCGCUGCUCCUACAAAACAAAUCGGGGUCUAAGCAACUCAAUUUCUCAGUGUCCACUAGCGGCACUACGGAAGGACCAGUGGUUGGGGCGUC